GGAGGAGGAGGAGGAGGGAAACCGGAGGAUUGACGGCUCUCCUAACGCGGCUGGUGGUGUGACGUCUUAACUCUUCCUGCCCAGCAUGGCUGUGUCCCUGUGGUUCCUGGGGGUGUGUGUGCUCACUCUGGCUCACGUCGCCCCUUCCGGCCAAGCUAUGUCCCGGGCCGCCAUGCCGUUCGGGCUGCUGCGCAGGGAGCUGGCGUGUGAGGGUUACCCCAUAGAGCUGCGAUGCCCAGGAAGUGACGUGGUCAUGGUGGAGACUGCCAACUAUGGACGCACUGACGACAAGAUCUGUGACGCAGACCCCUUCCAGAUGGAGAACACACAGUGUUACCUCCCUGAUGCACUCAAAAUUAUGGCCCAGAGGUGUAACAACAGGACUCAGUGUGUGGUGGUCGCAGGGGUCGACGUCUUCCCAGACCCCUGUCCUGGAACAUACAAGUACCUGGAGAUCCAGUAUGAGUGUGUCCCUUACAAAGUGGACCAAAAAGUUUUCGUGUGUCCCGGCUCACUGCUCAGCAUCCAGCCGGCCUCCUCUCUCCUGGAGGCAGAGCAUCAAUCGGGGGCGUGGUGUAAAGACCCGCUGCAGGCCGGUGACAGGCUGUACGUCAUGCCGUGGACGCCAUAUAGGACGGAGGUGCUGUAUGAGUACGCCUCCUGGGACGACUACCGCCAGAACAGAGUCACCACCACCUAUAAGUUGCCUAGCCGUGUGGACGGUACAGGCUUUGUGGUGUAUGACGGCGCCGUGUUUUAUAACAAAGAGCGAACACGCAACCUGGUCAAGUAUGACCUGCGGACACGCAUCAAGAGUGGCGAGGCAGUGGUGGUCAACGCCAACUACCAUGACACCUCGCCUUACCGCUGGGGAGGGAAGUCAGACAUCGAUCUGGCGGUGGAUGAGAAUGGCCUUUGGGUGAUCUACUCUACUGAAGCCAAUAAUGGACGCAUCGUGGUCAGCCAGGUGAACCCGUACACCCUGCGCUUCGAGGGUACGUGGGCCACCGGCUUUGACAAGCGUGGGGCAAGCAACGCCUUCAUGGCCUGUGGCGUGCUCUAUGCCGUGCGCUCCGUCUUCCAAGAUGACGAGGGGCAGGCGGAAGGCCGAGUCGGCAGCGACAUGGUGGUUUAUGCCUACGACACCAGCCGGGGACAGGAGCUGCCCGUUCAGAUACCGUUCCCCAACCCUUACCAGUAUAUCUCCUCUAUUGACUACAACCCAAGAGACAACCAGCUGUAUGUGUGGAACAACUACUACGUGCUGAGAUACCCGCUACAGUUCACACCGCCACCGCCCACUAAAGGUUUGUGGAAUAAGUGCACUUGUGUAUUUGGACAUACUGGUAUGAGAUCAAACCAGAGACUAAAGCGUGUUUCCGUCCCUCCAGGUCCCCUGUCCUCUCUGAUGACAACAGUCCGCUCCUACACGGCCACGGUGGCCUUGACCCCGGUGCGGCCGUCUGCCUCUCACCCAAUCGGCGUCAUCAACCGAGGACCCUUUGACCAGCGGCCGAUCACAGCCAUGGUCCCUCUGACCCCACGGCCACCUCUGCGUGUCCCCUUGGCGCCCGGGGCCCCCGGUCAGGUGGGCGGAUGUGAAGGACGGGUGGCACGAGGGGUGCAAUGGCCACCUACGCUGAAGGGAGAGACAGUGGAGAGACCCUGCCCGAAAGGGUCACUGGGUAUCGCUUCCUAUCAAUGCAUGCAAUCUCCGGUGGGCUGGAGCUCCAGAGGGCCCGACCUUUCCAACUGCACCUCUCCCUGGGUCAGCCAAAUUGCACAGAAGAUUAAGAGUGGAGAGAAUGCAGCCAACAUCGCCGGGGAAUUGGUCAACCUGACCCGGGGGCGGAUCUAUGCCGGUGAUGUGAGCAUGUCCGUCAGGCUAAUUGAACAGCUAUUGGACAUUCUGGACUCCCAGCUGCAGGCCUUGAGACCAGCCAAUAAAGAGUCAGCAGCACGCAAUUACAACAAGCUGCAGAAAAGAGAACGCACAUGCAGAGCUUAUGUUCAGGCGGUCGUUCAGACAGUUGAUAACCUGUUGGGUCCUGAGGCUCUGGUUUCCUGGGCGGACAUGAGCAGUGUUGACCAGUCCCGCUCAGCAUCACUACUAUUAGACGCGGUAGAAAAAGGAGCGUUUCUAUUAGCUAACAAUCUCUAUGAAGGCCGAUUCAGCGACAGGGCGCCAAAUGUUGAUCUGGAGGUGUAUGUGUUAAAUACAGAGGCAGACAUACAGGACCUGACGUUCCCUCACUCCUACGACAGCGACAGCAUCUUGCAGAUCUCAGCGCUGGCUCUGCUGCAGUACAGCAACAACGGCCAGGUGAAGCUGGUCCUCUCUCUGUAUAAGAACCUGGGCUCCUUCCUGACCACCCAGAACUCGACUCUGCGACUCGGACUGGGGCUGAGCCAGGGGUCAGAGUCCAGGCGGAGAAGCCUGGUGGUCAACUCCCACGUCAUCUCCGCCUCUGUACACAGAGGAUCCAACAGAGUGUACCUCUCCGAGCCGGUGAUCUUUACUCUCAGGCAUCUGCAGCUGGAGAACCACUUUGGCCCCAACUGCUCUUUCUGGAACGGCACAGGGGUUUCUGGGAGUGGCAGGUGGUCUACACAGGGCUGCCGCCUGUUACACACCAACAACACACACACUACCUGCGCUUGCAACCACCUGUCCAGCUAUGCCGUCCUCAUGACGUAUCAGCAACCUGCUUUUGGGGUCGGGGUAGAAGAGCUUCUCGUCUAUGUGGUUUCCUGGGUCGGCAUCUCUGUAGCACUAGUGUGUUUGGCCACCUGCCUUACCACGCUGUGCUGCCAGGGGGCGCCCUGGCACACAGACCACAGCACCAUCCACUGCAACCUUUGGGCCAACCUGCUCAUCACUGAACUGCUCUUCCUUGUUGGUGCCAACAAGACACAAUACACAGUUGUGUGCUCCAUCAUUGCUGGCUUGCUGCACUUCUCGCUGCUCUCAGUGUUUUGCUGGUUGUGCCUGGAGGGGGUGGAGCUGUACUUGCUGCAGCGGGAGGUAUUUGAGGGACGUAACUCCAGGAGGAAGUAUUUCUACCUGUGUGGUUACUCUAUUCCUGGGCUGGUGGUGGCCGUCUCCGCAGCCAUAGACUUCAGAGGCUACGGCUCAAAGACUGCAUGCUGGCUGAGAACAGACAAUUACUUCAUCUGGAGUUUCCUCGGACCUGUUGGUGUCAUCAUUACGUUAAACCUGGUUGUCCUGGUGAUGACCUUACAUAAGAUGCACAGCACCGCUGCUUUGAAGCCAGACUCCAGUCGUCAUGACAACCUGAGGGCGUGGGCGGUGGGCUCCCUGACGCUGCUCUUCCUGCAGAGCGUCACCUGGUCCUCAGGCCUGAUGUUCCUGUGUGCUCCGUCGCUCCUCCUGGCUUACCUCUUCUCCUCCCUCAACACCGCCCAGGGCCUCCUCAUCACCAUACUGCACUGCACCCUCGCCCGGAAGGGUCAAAAGGACUACGGCCGAUGCCUGCGCCUCUCGCAGUGCUGCGCCACUUCCUCUUCCAGCUCUCCGGACUCGGUGAAGGGUGCUGCCCUGCGCUCCAACAGCCGAUACACCAGCAGCCAGAGUCGGAGAGCUACUGCCAACAGACAGAGUCGAAUCAGGAGGAUGUGGAACGACACUGUUCGCAGGCAGACUGAAUCGUCCUUCAUCGCUGCAGACGUGAACAACACACCCACUCUUAACCGAGCUGCUUUGGGGAACCACUUCCUUACUAAUCCGGUGUUGCAGACUCAUGCUGGAGCCUCUCCUUAUGACACGAUGCUGGCACAGGGAUACAACCAACCCUUCACCUCCACAGUAGGAACCUUCAGAAACAAGCAGAAGGGUGUUGUGUCCCAGAGCCAGGAGUCCUGUGGGUUGGACAGUGUGUGUCUCAAUGGAGGCUACACCCCCAAUACCUUCACCCUGCACGGUCUGGGAACCACACCCGGGUCCCGAGCUGGAGUGGUGGGCAGCACUGACCUUCUGCGGGAGGGAGGAGUCGGGAUAGGAGGUGAUGACAUUUCCCCGGCCCUCCUCACCCCCCACGGGGCCGCAGACCUGAGCGGCAGCGCCGGAAUGCGUCGUAACCUGUCUGAUGCAGCAGCGCUUGAAAAGAUGAUCAUCUCGGAGCUGGUGCAGAGCAACCUGCGGCCCUCAGUCGCCAUGCCUGUUCCUCCCGAGCGCUACGGAAGCCUGGCGAGGCCUCAUCACCACGACAGGGCAGCUCUCACGCACACUGCCACUUUGACGCGACACGCACAGCCGCCCCAAGAGGGCUGGGCUGCCACCAUGCAGCCAAACACACGGCACAACGCACAAGAGGGCUGGGCGCAUACGCGUCACCUCACACAGGACGCUGAGACACAUUCCGCAACUCGUGGACAAGAUCACGCCACGACGCCACGCUUACAGGAUGGCUGGUCACACUCCAGAGUUUCUGGAGACUCAGAGUCCCGUGAGCUGCUUAAAGACGGGGACAAGUCAUUGCAAGGCACUCUGAGUCGCCGCGGGCUGCAGGACAGGCAGCAAGCGCGCCCUCCUGAUGUUCAGGCACGGCCCUACUCCACCCUCAGCCGCACACCUGGGACUCUGUCCCGCCACCGCGGCACAGUGGAGCCCAACGGAGGGACAGACAGAGACAGAGAGAGGGACAGGGAGCGUUACCGGGACAGGCCCCUCCCGCCUCCUCCUCCCCCUCCCCCACAGGAGUCUGAGCCCCUGUACAAGGCUCUGGAGGAGCCGCUGCUGAUGAAACAGAGGGAGGCAGCCGCAGAGGCAUGGAGAGGCGGACAGGACAGAGAGAAGGACGAGACAUUUCUCUUAAAAAGAGAUGAAAUGAUGGACGAAUGGAGGGGAGGAACCGAGAGAGGGAGGGACGAGUCUUUCUCCUCUCAGGGGAGAGACGGAGAGAUGGACGAAUGGAGAGCUGGAAUGGAGAGAGGGAGGGAGGAAUCUCAUCUGCUGGAGAAGAGAGGUGGAAGGAUGGAGGUGUGGCGGGGAGAGAACGACCAGGAAGAGACUUUUAUAACUCAGAAGAAAGAUUUUGGGAUUGACGGAUGGAGAGGCGGCAUGGACAGAGAGAAAGAUGAAUCCUUGUUUUUAAAGGACAGAGAUGGAUGGAGAGCAGGGAUGGAGAGAGAGAAUGAGAAACAGAAGGAUAGAGCGCUGGAUGUGUGGAGGGGAGGGAUGGAUAUCGACAGGGAGGAAUCCUUCCUGUUCGACAGUAAAGAUGGCGGCCUCGACGGGAGGAAAAGAGGGAAAGAAAGAGGGUCUCUUCGGUUCCACGGCGAACGAGAAGAUUCUGACAGCUUUGCUCUGCCUUUGACCCCGGACCUUGACCUCGACACUGACUCCUCACCGAUCUACGCCCGGGAUUCGAACCCCUCCCCGCUCUACCCCGGUGACCGGCGCUCACCUCCGCUCAGCAUCUUCCCCCGGAGCUCUCCCCCGACCAAUAUCUUCGCUCCUCGAGACACUAACUCACCUCCAAACAAUCUCUACUCCCGCCACUCCCCCCAGGUGUACAGCCGAAGCAGCUCCCCUCCUCGCUUCUACACCCGCACGUCCCCUCCGACCCUCUCCUACCCCGACAGCAGCCCUGAAGGUCCAGAAGAAGUCAGCCCCACCGGCCAGCCGCAGCGGCCUGCCCUGGAGCUGCCCUACAGCCUCGGCCGACCCCCGCUGGGCCCGCGACCCAAUCACCUGCAAACCUUCUACCAGCCCCCGCCGCUGGCAUCCAAUGGAGAGGCAGCGUACACACCAGAGCCCGCCUCGGAGGGAGACGAUGGACAGAUGCAGCGGGUGACGAGCCUGUGACUAGGGCGGUGGUGAUCGGGGCAUAGAAACCAGGGAUGAGGAAAAAGAUGGUUAUACUAACAGAUAACGGUCAAACUGAUGGAAAUGAUGAUGAUUAAGAGGAAAAUUAUGACAGAUAAUGAAGGUAAUGAUGAUGACAGUGACGGCUCCUCCCUGCUUCUAUCUCCCGUUCACCACGAGAUUUCCCCCCUUUUCAUGUUUUGUUACUUUUCUAUGACUGUGAUCCAUUUAUAACUCUUCCUCCUGCACUUCCUCUCCUUAUCCUCUCUUUCCUGAAACCCUGUUGUGUCUUUCCCGUCUCAUUGGUGCUUAUCCUUAUUGGCCCAUCGUCUAAGUUUCUAUCGGUUCGUCGGCUGGGUGUUGCCCUUCCCUGUAGCAAGCAAACAGUGUGUCAAAGAAGCACUUGUGUGUUGCCAAAAAAUCCUUUCAAAGAACAUGUGCAUGACUUUAUAGUGGCUUUACAAGGCUACAUACUGUAGGAGGAAAGUGUGUGUGAGCGCGUGUGUGAGAGUAGCUUGAUGAGCAUGCGUGUGUGUAAGGUUGAGUGUGUAAGUGAGUGAGUGUGUGUGAGUGUGUGUAUAUACAUCAUUCUUGUAUAAUUAAUGUAUCACAGUGAAGCAUUUUAUCAAUAUCAACUGGGGGGCCUCUUACACACACAUCCCCUCCUCCUGAUUUUGAACUCUUGACCAAUCCCAUUUCACAUCAAGACCAAAACCUCCACCCCUCCUGCCGCCACUCCCUCCACCUGCCACAAACUGUCGGUGAUGGGACUUUUUGCCAUGGAGUUUGUCAAAGCAACAGAACUGUUGACUCCAGCGCCAGAGAUCAUAUGAAACCUCAGAACUUUUCUGCAACCCCCUGAGAUCCUUGUACAUAUCGACCUCAAGUGUUCUGAUUGUCUUGUAUUGCUAUUGAAGUUCAAGUAAACAUGUGAAAUAAA